GGUUCAACCCUAGCCGUGGUGUCCAUUGAAAGUCGGAAGUUGGCAUUUACUUAGUUAAACUUGACAAAAUGGCAGAAGACAACAGUUAUGAGUCCAUGCUGUGUGUAAAGCCUGAGGUCCAUGUUUACCGAAUCCCACCGCGGGCUUCUAAUCGCGGAUAUCGAGCUGCUGACUGGAAGCUGGAUGAACCUGCAUGGAGUGGGAGGAUGAAAAUCACAGCCAAAGGCAAAAUGGCUUUCAUCAAAUUAGAGGACAAAAAUACAGGUGAGCUGUUUGCUCAAGCUUCAGUGGAUCAGUAUCCAGGCUGUGCUGUUGAAGCAGUCACAGACUCCAGCAGGUAUUUUGUCAUCAGGAUAGAAGAUGGCAAUGGACGUCACGCUUUUAUUGGCCUGGGUUUCGCUGAUCGUGGAGAUUCAUUUGACUUCAACGUAGCUUUACAAGAUCAUUUUAAGUGGGUGAAACAAGAAGGUGAACUCGCAAAACUGGAAGCUACUCAGAGCACAGCUCCAAAACUGGACCUGAGCUUCAAAGAGGGACAAACCAUAAAGAUCAGCAUCGGGAACAUCAAGAAAAAGGAUGCCGGCAUGGCCAAAUCACGGCCGAUGGGUGGGGGUCUCCUCCCACCUCCACCAGGAGCUAAGGCUGGAUGUAUCAUUCCUCCUCCUGGAGGCCAGCAGACCACCCCACCUGCCCAGACAAACCCUGCCCCUCUUUUAGACUUCGGCUCUCCUGUCUCUGCAGCCCAGCCCAGCUCUGAUCUGUGGGGAGACUUCACAUCUGCAGGCUCCAACUCCAGUAAAGAUGCUGUCAAAUCAGGAUGGGUGCAGUUUAGUUGAGUCGUGAAAAAGUGUGCACACACUCAGGUUCCAUACAUUCCAUGGACAUGACGACGGGGGCAAAGGAAAGUAGAAAUGUGGAGCUGUUGGCAAACCUGACUGGCUCAUUCACUACAGUCUGUUCACAUAAACAUCACCCUGCUGUCAACAUACUCUUGAGAAACAAACAAUAAAAUGUACAUAUUUUUUACAAUAUUACUCUUUUCCACACUCUGCUAUGCAGUAGUUUUCAUAGUAAGGUAACUGCUAAACCUGUCAGGUAUGGAGUUUUUGAUCCAAUGAGCGUCUUGAAGGUUGAAGGUAAAGUCUGUCUCGUCACACUAACCGAAUGAAAACAUCUAUUCAUGACUUUAAAUCAAAUGUGCCCAUUUGUACUUGUGCUUUUAGUUCUUUUAGUACAUUUUCACUUUACCUGUCCAGAAUCAGGAUCAACUGUGUCCCUCUAUAUCAUGAAUAUGAUAAGUUUUCUUGUUUUUCUGUCAAUUAGUUUUACUGUAGCAGCACCAUUCAUCUCAAUAUUUGUACCAUUUGGGAAAGUUUACCUUUUGUUGUAUCCAUGCUGUGUUUUGCUUUCUGCCAGUAUGUGUGUUUCUCAAUACCCCCACCUAUCUAGCAUUUAAGAUCCUCCAAAGCCCAGAUGAUCUACGAUGAAGUUGAUUAGUUUUACCUUAAAGCUCCUAAACUGCCAUCAAAAAUACAAAAAUAUUUUUGUCACAGCAUUGUGGUGAAACACAAUAUCCACCUGUUCCAUCAUUCAACAUUUGGACAAAUUUAUGUCUGUCCACAUUUGUCUUCAUGUACAUCCUCCAUGUGUCAUUUGCCUUGUGUGUUUUCACUUUUACAAAUGUGCCUUUUACCAAAUAGAAAUCUCUAAUCUUGUUGAGCAAUCGAUGAAGUGCCUUCCUUCAAAAAAGAAGACCUAAAUGUAUAAAAUGAUAACCUAUGACUUCUUGUAAAUAAAAGUGUACUUCAUUGA